AUGGAUCCGAAGGAUCGGAUGGAUCCGAAGGAUCGGAUGGAUCCGAAGGAUCGGAUGGAUCCGAAGGAUCGGAUGGAUCCAAAGGAUCGGAUGGAUCCAAAGGAUCGGAUGGAUCCAAAGGAUCGGAUGGAUCCGAAGGAUCGGAUGGAUCCGAAGGAUCGGAUGGAUCUAAUGGAUCGGAUGGAUCCGAAGGAUCGGAUGGAUCCGAAGGAUCGGAUGGAUCCAAAGGAUCGGAUGGAUCCGAAGGAUCGGAUGGAUUCGAAGGAUCGGAUGGAUCCGAUGGAUCGGAUGGAUCCAAAGGAUCGGAUGGAUCCAAAGGAUCGGAUGGAUCCGAAGGAUCGGAUGGAUCCGAAGGAUCGGAUGGAUCCAAAGGAUCGGAUGGAUCCGAAGGAUCGGAUGGAUCCGAAGGAUCGGAUGGAUCGGAUGGAUCCGAUGGAUCGGAUGGAUCCGAAGGAUCCAAUGGAUCCGAAGGAUCCAAUGGAUCGGAUGGAUCGGAUGGAUCCGAUGGAUCGGAUGGAUCGGAUGGAUCCGAAGGAUCGGAUGGAUCCGAAGGAUCGGAUGGAUCCGAAGGAUCCAAUGGAUCCGAAGGAUCCAAUGGAUCGGAUGGAUCCGAUGGAUCGGAUGGAUCCGAUGGAUCGGAUGGAUCCGAAGGAUCGGAUGGAUCCGAAGGAUCGGAUGGAUCGGAUGGAUCCGAUGGAUCCAAAGGAUCGGAUGGAUCCAAAGGAUCGGAUGGAUCCGAAGGAUCGGAUGGAUCCGAAGGAUCGGAUGGAUCCAAAGGAUCGGAUGGAUCCGAAGGAUCGGAUGGAUCGGAUGGAUCCGAUGGAUCGGAUGGAUCCGAAGGAUCCAAUGGAUCCGAAGGAUCCAAUGGAUCGGAUGGAUCCGAUGGAUCGGAUGGAUCCGAUGGAUCGGAUGGAUCGGAUGGAUCCGAAGGAUCGGAUGGAUCCGAAGGAUCGGAUGGAUCCGAAGGAUCGGAUGGAUCCGAAGGAUCGGAUGGAUCCAAAGGAUCGGAUGGAUCCGAAGGAUCGGAUGGAUCCGAAGGAUCGGAUGGAUCGGAUGGAUCCGAAGGAUCGGAUGGAUCCGAAGGAUCGGAUGGAUCCAAAGGAUCGGAUGGAUCGGAAGGAUCGGAUGGAUCCGAUGGAUCGGAUGGAUCCAAAGGAUCGGAUGGAUCGGAAGGAUCGGAUGGAUCCGAUGGAUCCAAUGGAUCGGAUGGAUCCAAAGGAUCGGAUGGAUCCGAAGGAUCGGAUGGAUCCGAUGGAUCGGAUGGAUCCAAUGGAUCCGAAGGAUCGGAUGGAUCCGAAGGAUCGGAUGGAUCCGAAGGAUCGGAUGGAUCCGAAGGAUCGGAUGGAUCCGAAGGAUCGGAUGGAUCCGAAGGAUCGGAUGGAUCCGAAGGAUCGGAUGGAUCCGACGGAUCCGAUGGAUCGGAUGGAUUCAAUGGAUCGGAUGGAUCCGAAGGAUCGGAUGGAUCCAAUGGAUCGGAUGGAUCCGAAGAAUCCAUCCGAUCCUCCGGAUCCAUCCGAUCCUUCGGAUCCAUCCGAUCCUUUUUUUUUAUAA